AUGACCUCAGAUCUCCUGAAUUUGGAGUUAUGGACAGUUAAUUCAGUAACCUAUGACGAUGUGGAUGUGAAAUUCACUCAGGAAGAGUGGGCUCUGCUGGAUCCUUCCCAGAAGAGUCUCUACAAAGAUGUGAUGCUGGAGACCUAUAAGCACCUUACAGCUAUAGGCUACAAUUGGGAAGAGCAUAAUAUUGAAGAACAUUGUCAACAUUCUAGAAGAUAUGGAAGGUAA